AUGGAAGAUAUUGCUGCUCCUCCCGAAGUAAAGGAACAAAUACAACAGAGAAUGAAAGAUUCGAAGGUAAUUAGUGACAUGGAAAAGCGUGUUCUCGAUGCUUUAAAUGUAGCUGCAAAAGAAAUUGUUAAUAACGUGCCAAUCGAAAAAUCAGCAUUAUUACACGAUCCAUUCAAGAACGAAACAGAAUAUACAGUCAUGGCUCUUUCUGCUAUUGUUAAGUUCUUAGAAGAAAAGGGCUACAAUUUUGCUUUAAAAGCUUUAAUUGCAGAAACCAAUUUCAAAAAUGCCGAUAAAUACGAAGCUCCCAAUAUCAAAGACAUUUUGGAUAAUCUAAUGGAACAGGAAGAGGAAGAAAAUUUCGAAGUCGUCGAUGAUCAAGAUGAACAAAACGAUGAAGAUGAUCAUCAACAAGAAAUAGACGAUGAUUCAGAGCAAGACUUAUCAAUUGAUUUAUCAGAUGAAAACUCUGAUGAAGAAAUUCCGAAAGCAAAACCUCAGCCUAAGGUUGAAGAAAAACCUGUUGAAAAGAAACCAGAACCUACACCAGCAUUCUUCCAACAGUUUAACCAACGUAAAAUACCUCCAGCACAAAAUAUCAAGAAGAUUGAUUUUGAUUCAAACUCAUAUAUUGUAUCUGUUAAAGACUUAUAA